CGAGAAUCAUUUAUCAUCAUGACAUUUAGUGUAUUGUGAGAUCUUGACGCAUUUGCUACUAGAUACGGUAUUGUACACGAAAAAUGAACAAACAAAGUAUUUUGAAAUUGACUCAGAUAGUCAAGCCGCCGGGUCCGCCGAAAAUUUGGGACGUGAUUGAGAAAACGGGCAAAGAGAGAGAUGGACGACCGAUUAAAUUCACGAUCCAGGAGAUCUCCGCAGAUAGAAUCGAAGAUGCACUUGAACACAUGUGCACAUAUUUUCUAGCAGAUGAACCGACAUGCGCGUGUUUCGACGCUAUAAAUACACCUAUAUUUGUAGAAGAAUGCAGGGCAUUAUGGCGUGAAAUAAUGGAACAACGCAUAGCUAUAGUCGCUUUCGUUGAUAAUCCCAACGGAGGGAAACCUAUAAUAGCCGGCAUGAACAUGCUAUGCGUUGAGUUUAAGGAGAACGCAGAUAAGGAAAUGCACUUCUCGUCAAAGUUCGGAAUUACGUACAAGGUCGUAAUGGAUCUAAAUAAGCAAGUUCGAUUGUAUGAACGUUACGGAGUAGACAAGUACUUGUUCGCUGUUGGACUCAGCGUAGCGCCCGAUUUUCGAAGAUACGGAUUGGGCACAGAUCUUCUAAAAACCAGAGAUAAAAUCGGACGCGAGUACAAUAUCCAGAUGACAUCCACGGUAUUUUCCUCACCGUACGCUAUGAAAGCAGCGGAGCGUGCGGGAUUCGAGCUACUGUUGUCGAAAGAUUACACCGAUUUAGUAGAUGAAAAUGGAAAGGAAUAUUUUCCUGGUAUACAAAUCUCCAAAAGUAUAGUGAUUAUGGCAAAAAGAAUAUAGGAAGGUGGGCCUCCCGCAUGCGCAAGAUAGUAGAAAAAAUAAGUUGCUCAACUUUUGAUCUGGAAUAAUUUUUGCUGUAAGUAUGAACAAAGUAAUUUUUACUACGAAGAACUUCCAUACAUUUUAUCUCAAUAAUGUUGUUAACCCUUUAAGUCAUAGUGUAUCAUAUAUGAUACAUCUUUUUUAGAGCAGUUUUUACAAAUUUAAACUAAUUUGUAUAGAUUUCAAGGCGGUAAAUAUGAAUAUUCACUUGCCAAAAAUAUUACAAAAUAAAUAUGUGGGAAAAAUAAUUUGGUGGAUACUUUUUGAGCUGUAGAUAAUGACGCAACCUCAAAAAUUGCAAAAUUCAAAAUGGCGAGCUAAAAUACCCCAAACAAAAAUUAAAUCUAAUGAUUGUCUAGUAAUGACACAGAAAAGUUAGGUCUUACAUCACUACUAUCUAGAAAUGUAACGUUCACUUCUUCUACCCAGACAACACAGGAUGUCCUACGGACAUCCAUUUUAAGUUCAUUUUACGUUCGUACAUCCGUAGACAUACAAUGGACACAUACAAUAGACGUCCAUAAAAUAUCCGAUUUUGGAUAUCCAUUAAUGUCCAUAAUUUGGAUGUCCAUAAGAUAUCCGAUCUUGGACAUAAAUUAAGUAUAAAAUUCUUAAGUAUAAAAUAGUCUUAAGUAUAAAAUUCGAUUAUAGACAUGUUGAGAAUGCGUAUUAUCAACGCUACAUAUCAUUCUAUUCCCAGGCAGCAAUGUCACGUAAUUUUUACAUCGAUAAAUGGUAAUUACCAGUCUUACACGUUAUGUAACCAAUAACUGACGUUUAAAAAACGGGAUAAUUUUGACGUGAUAAUAAUGUCAUUUAAAGACGUCUAUAAUACGAUUUUUAGUGGUCACUUUUAAUCAGCUGUUCGAUAAGCAAAGAAUGUGACAGAUAUUUAUCUAAUGUUAAUUUAUAUCAACUGUGGUAUAUGUACAACAGAUUAUUAUUUAUACACGCUGUUAUUUAUUUUUUGUGUUUGCAUCUCAAGCAUUUGACUCUUAGAAAUAAACCUUAUAGAACUUGUCCUACCAUUUCUUAUUCACGAGCAUUGCAUCGUUGCAAUUAUCCAGUUAGUAAGAUGAUGUUCAAAGAUAUCCCAGCAAACACAGUUAU